AUGAGCGAGGUGAAGGUGGACGAGAGCAUCAUGUCAUAUCUGUCACAGAGUGAGACUGACGCCGGCCCCAAAGACUUGAAUGUGGUGGCCAUCCUCCAUAACUUCUGGGAGCAGAAGCAGACGGGUUCGUUAAAUGGUUCCUCCAGUGGAUCAGAGGGUUCUGGAGGGAACGCAGCCGGUCAGACGGAGAGUCUGCUGUUGUACGAAUCUGCACCUUCUCCCGGUCCUCCGUACGUCUGCUACGUCACUCUUCCCGGAGGAAGCUGCUUUGGCAACUAUAAGGUGUGUGACACUCAAGCAGAGGCUCGUAGAGACGCAGCUCGCGUGGCUCUGAUGAACUCGCUCGUGAACGAGCUGCCGUGUCGACGAAUCAGCCCUCAGUUCAUCAGUCAGAGUUUGCAGCAGGCAGCCAGAGAGAGUGCCGUCUGUAUAGAAGAUGCAUGUGAUUCAAGCACCAGCAUAGGAACCUACAGCUUGUUGCUGAACUCCUACACUGGCAGGACCAUGCUGGAGUUCCAGGAGAUGAUGACAAUUUUCCAGUUGUUGCACUGGAACGGGACGCUGAAGGCUCUGAGGGAAAGGCAGUGCUCUCGACAGAGUGUGAUUGCCUAUUACUCUCAGCGAGGACUUGAUGAGUACAUGCGCAGCAGCAUGGCUCUGGAUUGGCUCGGACGGGAGCAGAGGUCGCCGGGGAUACUCGGGGUGGAGCUGCAGGCGGCACAGAGGGAGCUGGUGUUGGCUCGCCGUCAAGGCGUAGAGCUGCGCUUCAACAAGGAGAAGACAGAGAUCCUCAGCUUGGCUCUGAGCCAGGCGUACAUUCACCACACACCUGAAGUCUUCAGCCAGGCGCCCGCUCACUCAUACAAGCAAGAACAAUUUCCAUUACACACACUGUACAGCCAGGACACCGACGACGAGAUAACCCCAAUGUUCAGUCAUUCACCGACUCUCCAUAAGAACACAACGCAAACAGACUUUUGUGGCUUCAAAUAA